AGAAGAGAAUUUCUUGGUGUUUCAUAAAGUUAAAGCGAUUUACAGUGUUAAAGAGGUCUCGCAUCGACGAGUACGAUUUGUCUACGUAUUUACCAAGGUAUAAAUCGCUCGUCGCUAAACUUGUAACCGUAUUCGGUAAUUCCAUUGACUUCGAAGUGACUGGCUGACUUCCGGCCAAGACAAGCCCAUGUGGACAGCAGCAGCGGUGCCUCUGAUCACUUCGUGUUAAGGCUGUUCCGCGUGCUCCCGUGAAAAAAAGCCUUCUCGACGGAUACACGCGCGUGCACCGCGAAAGUCACGGCAGCAUGGCUGAUCUGGACGAUUUCUUCGCGAAAAAGGAUCGCAAAAAAGCGAAGGGGAAGAAGUUUACGACCACUGAGGAGAUAGCGAAGAAAUUGGAAGAAACGGGCAAACGAACGGUAAAGAAAACGAAAGACAAGCCAGUGAACCCGGAAAGCGAGGAGCCUCAACAAACCGAGGAUGAAGAUGAAUGGAGAGAGUUCGAAGAAGAAAAGAAGGACUACACUGGCUUGAAGAUUGGAAACUUAACACUCAACGAAUCUAUAGAUGUAGACUCUGACGAUGAGAAAUGCACAGGGGACAAUAGCUCUGACGGAGAGUCAGGAGAAGGUGGCAAUAAGCAUUCUGGUCCAUGGAAGAAACCAGAACUUCCACCACAGCCAGAAGUGGUAGAACCAGCAGCAGCAGCAGCAGCAGCAGCUGCAGCUGCAGCAGCAGCCCCGCUACCACCACCUGUUACUCAAGGAAGUAGUUAUAAGCCGCCACACUUAAGAAAUGUGCAACCAGUAACAGCUACUCCCAGACAACGAGCAAAGAAUGUUGCACCAGACAUACACAGCGAAGAAUACUUCCCAACCUUGAACUCUAAGCAGCAACAGAGCAACGAAGCCGCUGGUCCAUGGGGAAGGCGGAAACGAGACGAAGGUACGUUCGAAGAAGUGCGUAACCGAGGGGGAAGCAGAUCGUAUAGCGUGCAGGAAGCGCAAGCUCAAGCGCCGAAGCUCUCUUUGGGUAACAAAUACGGUGCCCUAUCGCAGGAUCAGAGCUGAAAUCACCCUUGACUCGAUCUAAACGACAAAAAACACAAUCAUCAUAUUUACGUCAUCGCCUCUCUCCGUUUCGUGGCCCAGCUACGCUAUCAAAUAUGUUUUCUAGGAUAUAGAACAGAACGAUGUUACGAUAGAACGCGUCGUCGAUUCACGUACCAUGCCCUAGCUUCGAAAGGCCCGACGUUUACAAAAGAAUGAAAGAAAGAUAGAAAAAAAGAAAAAUGAUCCUGUUCAGUUUGAUAGGGAGAUUAUCCCGCCUGCUAUCGUGAAACCGAAUACAGCAGGCAUUUGUGCUUGCGACGAAUUUCGCCGAGAACGUUUAUUUCUUCACACGGUGAACAACACACACAUGCUCAAAACAUCAUUUAGCACCAGUUUUGUAUUUAAUUUUUUUAAACGAAGUUAGAACGAAGGGCGGAAGGGAGAGAAAAUCGCGAGAAUCGGCGCGACGAACUGAAAGUCGAGGAUAUAACGCUCGAAUGUUCGCGCGGAUUGACGCGAUUCGCUCUAUUUUUACACGGUGCUGCUAUUUUCAUUUAGCGUGCUUACUUUCGAUCGAUCGCCUUUGAAACGUCACGGGAAUAUAGUAGAUUAAGAGGCACUCGGAUAUACUCAGACGCGACAGCCAUUUAAGAGGAACGAUCGCGAUCACGAGAGAUUUUUUCAAAGUUAGGUCGAUCCUGCUUGGGGCCGUGCUUCUUUUCGAGAGCAAUCGUUUCGCUCAACGGCAACGUACGUCAACGAACACAAAAGUCUAGGUAAAUUAAGAUACAUAUAUAAAUAUAUGAUUAAUUACUUGGAAAUAAUGGAAUUCCGGGGCUGGGCUUUGGAACGGUGUGUAAACAUUGCAUAUACACGUCGAUACACGACAGAAUUGCGAGAAGAAAAAUACAUUGAAAAAUCCGGAGAUAAUAUACGCGAAGUAUAUAUGAUAAUAGAUCGUAUAAGCGAGAACCGAGAGAAACGGGAGAAGAGAGACACGCACGCGUAUAAACGAGCAUAUAAUUAUAAGAAACGGAAGACGUAUGUACGCUUUUUGUUGACGCUUGUUUAAUUAUUUUUGUUGAUUUAGGGGUUUCUUUCGCGAAAAGGGGAAAUGUGAGAUCAGAAUAGGAGGGGAUGUUGGAAUACAGAGAGGGGAGAAAGUUUUUCCGUAUGAUAUCGGGAAGUUUGGGGUGCUAGCACUGUUAUAUUUUGAUGGUGAAAAAAAGUACAGAUAGGAAGUGAAAAAAGG